AAUAUCCAAAAUAGUUUAAGUAUAUGAUUCAAAUGAAAUACAUCCAACUCUAGUUUAUCGACAACGCUUUUCUUUUCCUGAGAAUAUCCAUUUCCAGAGUGGCUAACGACCACAACUACCAAAAGAAUCAGAAUUCGAACGGCCACCUUCAUCCCACCCAAGUCCUCCUUCAUUUUCUCACUUUGCUCUGCUCUAUGCUGCUCAACCCAAUCGGCGAUCACCAAUGUCGUCCUGUUCUUUCCGUCUCCACCCUCUCCCUUCCGCUAUCUCUCCAUCUAUUCCCCGUCACUUUCUCCGUAACCCUAACCUUUUAGCUUCUCCUCUUCCUUCUCCAAAAUUCCGAACGCUUCUGAAAUCAAAGCCUCCCGUCACUCCAUUGCUCGCCCUCACGGAAUCAUCGGAAGACUCCCCUCAGUCCCUUGGCUCUUCCAUUCAGUCUCUCCUACAGCAGCUCUCCGAUUGCUUUGAUCUUCCAUCGGAUUACUUCCGGAAAUUGCCUAACGAUCUUCGGUUGGAUCUUAAUGAUGCGGCGUUUGAUCUUUCGAAUGGACCUGUUAUUGAUGAGUGUGGUCAAGAACUAGGAGAGCUCCUGUUAAAUCUGUCUCGAGCAUGGGAACAAGGAGACACAUCAACUUCACGUACUUUGGCUAGUAAAUUUCCUUUUAUGGAGAGCAACUUGACAGGGAAAGCUAAAUCAGCGUUGGGCAGGCGCUUGGUAUCUGCUGGAAGGAGAUUCCAGUCCAUGGGUCAGUAUGGUCAGGGUGAAUUGCAGAAGGUUGCACAGACAAUGAUUACAACUGGCAAGUCUCUGGUUGCCAUUCCCAUAGAUGAAACAACUGAUAAGGAACCUAUGACAGAUACCAAAGUUUUCAAGUUUGGAGACCUUCAGGUUGCAAUAACUUCAGAGAAAGCUAAUAUCGGGGCUAUCAUUGGAGCUGUUUUUGGAAUCCUUUCAUGGCAACUAGGCCGGGGUGUUCAAAGCAUUCCAGAGAGCUCUUUGCAGUAUGCCAAUGACAAUGCGUUACUGCUAGCUAAGUCUCUAAGAGGAGUACUACUUGUGCUUUGCUACUCGUCAACAGUUUUGUCAGCUUUUACCACCUUGGGACUUGUGGUUUUGGCAUGGCAGCUGAAGUCAGAGGACAAGUGAUGUUGCAUUUUAGGAUGCAUACUUCAGUGUUGCUCUUGACUAUGCUUAUAGUCAGUACAGCUUAAUUUUAUUGUUGAAGAGUUUAGUAUUUCUGCCUCAUUAAAAUUGGAAGCAGCAUGGGUGGACUCUGUUAGAAUUGAGAUGUCCACUUUGCAGUGUAAUUUGUAUGCAGCUGCAAAUAAGAAUGUCAUUUACUGCCAACUUUUGUUCUUGAAUGUCACUUCUUCUUCAUGUUUUGCUUUGAUGAUGACUUGAAGCUGAAAUAGGAAAAGAAUGUAAAACUUGACCAUCCUUUUCCUUUUCAAUUAUCUGAUUUUUACAGCAAGUUUGAACACAAUUUGUAGGACAACCUAUAACGAGCAGAAUAUUAUUACUAACAUGGUGAUAGAUUUAUGUUGGCAUUAUUUUGUUAUCUUCUUUCAGCCUGGUAAAGGUUUGUUGACUGAAGUCUUUGUUCUGAAACAUGCUUUCUUCCCCUUGUCAAAAUGGGAAGGGUGAUGGAAAGAAAAUUAUGUAGAUCUCCCACAACACGAUUAUUCAGUAUUAACAUGUCAAGAAAAGGGAAUGGGAAUGUUACGGAAGUUGGGAUACAGCUCGAAACUAUGUUUCCACAGGCUUUGUAUGAUGGUUAAUGUUGUUGGUUUGGGAAGAUGAGGUGUUAAGAUUUAUUGGUAAGUGUUCUAAGGUCUAAGCCUUCUAGAUAAUUUUGAAAGUGAAGCAGCUGACUCUAGGUUCCACCUAACUUCAGCUCAACUUGUUUUUGUUUCUCCAACCGUUGAUGUAAUUUGGAUUGAGCUAUAUCUUUAACUAGACUACUGCAUACUUAACAAUCAGAAGAAUUCAUACAAUUUCAUACUAGAAUGGGUUGCAAAUGAUCAGUAGUCGAGCUUAAAAGUUUUUAUGUCAUAUUCAAGGGAACCAAUGAAUUGAAUCCAUUUACUGUAGGGAGAAAAAAGGACAUGAAUAUGACCUGCUUAUUCUUACAGCAUUUAUGGUUAGUGAACAAAUAGUUGAGCCAUAGGAAGUUUCUGAAGAAGUGAAAUAGCAUAACUUGAUAUAGACAUUUGUUUGAUCAUCUAUUUGAUAUGGGAGUGAAUACAAAAUCUAAAAAGAGUACCAUUGCUGCUUUAGCUGUUUAUCCACUGUGUAAUUCCAGAAACUGUAGUUUCUGUCCUCGAAUCUUAGUGAGGGACGGAAUUGGGGAAGAUCUGUCUUUUUGGAACUACUCUUACAUCUUCUCACUGUCCAACCAAGGCUCUUUAAUAUAUUGUUUAACGUCUGAGCUUUACAUUCUGGAAUCUUUUUAAGCCAUUGAAAUUCUCCAGCCUGUGAUGAGAACCUGCAGAAAUUUAAGUAAUGAGUCCCAAUCACAUGAUGUAUGAACCUGCUGACAGGUAAGAAAAGGUGAUUAAUAAUUCAUGUUCAGUUUCUCUCUGCACUUAUUUAACUCAUAAUUUGCUCUCUGGAAACUUCGUUUUCAUCAAUACUUUGGGCUUAUGUGAAAUUUUAUUAUUAUUAAAUUCAGAUUCUUUUGCUUGCCUGGUUCAUCUGUACAAAACAAUUAUAAAGAACACUUGUGCAACCACAAUCUGACGAUGCAAGAUCUUUUCUUGAGGUAGGAGAUUCUUUUACUUAAUACUAUUUUCAAGCUUCUAAGUGCCUGUUUCCUACUGUCUAUGUUGCUAAAAUCUAAAAUAGAAACUGGGCUGAUUGAUUAUUCUAGGUGCUUGAGUGCCUUCUUGCUCAUUGAGAGGGCAUGUAAUUUUCUUAUUCAUAACCUUUCAUUAAUUCUUAAUGCUAACAAUGACAGAUUUUACACUUUUUUAUCAAUUGGUUCUCCCAAGCUUGUGCUGGCCGUCAUGGUAAAAGUGGAUUUUGUUUUAGAUCUCUUGCCACCAUAAAUUUAUCAAAGCCUAUUAGCAUAAUCUGCUGACUAAAUGAUAAUUGGAAUUCUGGGUUGCAAUCCUGUGAUUAUUUGAUGCAUAACUUGGAGCAGAGCUGUGAUUUCCAGUGAACUGAAAUUGUGUCAUUUAGGGUUGUGUUGUGUUAUCUCUCCAACUUAUGUGUUUAUAGCUGAAAAGGAAGCAGGGGAAGAAAUUGUGCCAGUGCCGUUUCCUUAGAAUCUGCUCAUCCUUAGCACGAUGCUUAAUUAGAGAAUUUGCUUCUUCAUCCUUUUACUCAGAUGUGGAAUCAAACUAUAUUAGGCUUUUUGUCCUUAGCUCAAUGUUUAGGACAUUUAUUUCUUUAUCCUUUGCUCAGAUCUGGAAUCCAAAUACCAUUUCAUGCAAGUCAAAGAAAGUGGAGGAUCAGAAGAUUCCCCUGCAGAUGCAUCAUCACUAAUGUCACCAGGAAAGGAACAUGGGUAGACAUUAAUAAGUCAACCACGAAUGGGUCGCCGCAUUGCGAGCAGUAAAAUUUCUGCACAUCUUUUUCUGGUAAGUAACCAAACACCAUCUGCUAUUUGCCUAUUGGCAUUCCAGACUUUUGCCGUUCUCCAAAUACAGCAGUCUUUUCAUUGAGAAAUUUAGAAAAUUGAAAUGGGCUAUUUGUUCAUUUCUUCCAAUUGCAGUUAAAAAAAAGCCUACGACGUAUUUGAGAUAGCUUAGUUGUGUAAAAGCAAUAAAGCAUUAAUUACUGGAUUAAGUGCAAUGUAUUUGGAAUUAUCUGUUGAGUGCAUUUGUCAAAGUACCUACUACUAAUCUACUAUCUAUUUCAUGUAUUUGGAAUUAUCUGUGUGUGUUUCAGAUCAGUUCUGGUAUUUCCCUUGCAUUCAAAAUGACCAAAUUCAAAUGCAUAGAAAGUGUUCAAUUAUAUAAGUCUGCAAGUGGCUGUCAUUCCAUUUCAAAUCAUUCCUACUUUGCACGUAACUGAAUAAUCGUUGGCUGGAAUUUCUGAUGAGCUCUUCAAACUGUUCGGUAUUUCAUUAAAAUACGUUGCGUUGGGGUUUCUCAUUUGAAAAUAUUCAUUUUUCCAAAUAAUGACAAUAUUUCAUAUUGAUUCCUCAUACUUUCUGCAUUGUUUAUGUAAAUAGAAAUGCUACAACUUGGCAUCAGACGUAAUCCCCCCCACUAAUCGACUUUCCUACAAUUUUAGUUUUAAUAGUUUUCUAAAUUAGUAAAUUCUCUAUAAGAAUAUAGGUAAACUCUGAUC